AUGUCAGCACUCUACAAACUGGCGGCAGUCAACAAUGGCCCAGAGACCAGCUGGGACGACAACCACAUGAGACUCCUCACUCGUCUGAACGACGAGGAAAUUGAAAUCCUCCAACUUCCCUCGCCCAAGUGUUCGGCUAAGCGCAUAUCGGCCGAAUUAUGCCAGAUGCCAAUGAAGAAAGACCAGAUCAUGGGCCCUCCCUGGAGACUCGGUAUCUGUGCCAUGGAAGACAAAGCACUCAGCAAGGCCAACCAAGAAAUAUUCCGUCGCUUACAGGUAGACGGUCUUAUCGAGGUCAUCCUGUUUGGCGACAAGACACUGUUGAGUAAGCGGCCGGAAGAAUGGCCGAUCUGUGAUUUUCUGAUCGCGUUCUAUUCUGAUGGUUUUCCCCUCGAGAAGGUCAUUUCGUACACAAGACUCCGCUCGCCAUCCUGCUAUAAUGACUUGCAUAUGCAGAGUCUUCUCUUUGAUCGUCGGCUCUUCGUCCGCAUUGCUGGGUCUGCACCGAUCUUCUGCUUUAUCGUUGGUGCUCUUCUCGUUUGGGCUUUCUUGGGCAUUCGCUUUGGAAAAUCUGCUGAAUGGGCCGCUGUCAUUUCAGAUGUACAGGCUAUCCUGUGCUAUGUGUUCGACUCUUUCCUCAUGCGCCAACUGCUCCGCGAAUAUUCCGAACAGCAAGAGGCCAUGGCUGAGAUGAAGUCGAGACGGAACAGCCAUGAGCGAAUGCUCGGGAAGCUCAAGAACAAACUGGGGCCAGAGGGGGUCCAUCGUGUAUCCCAGAUUAGUGGCAAUCGGCCCUUAGAUGCACUGGAUCAAGGGACACGGACACAAGGCUGGUUUGCGCGAAUGAUUAUUUUCUCCGCGUGGGCGUUCGGGCAUAUCAUCACCGUGGGCAUGUACUGGGUCUGCAUCUUUAUCUGGCUGGGCUUUGGACACUAUUGCGGCUGGACGGACCAGUGGCAGCUGUACAUCAAUUCAGCAACGUCGGCUUUGAUGGUCCUGGUAUUUGCGUUCCUGGAUUGUCUGCGGGAAUGCUACGCCGACUAUGUCAACAAUUGCCUGGACGCCAUCUUCCGUCUUGACGCUACACUCGAGAAAGAGCUCCGCUGCAUCACCGAUGACCACCUUCCAAACGAGCCCGAGGUUAUUCAGCCGCCGCGUGAGAAUCCACUACAGGUAGCCGUAUUCUACUACGCCGACAUCAUCGGGACACUAGUCGGGAUCAUGAUUCUCAUAGCGGUGAUCGUUGCCUGGGCCGCAGUCGGACCGGUCUUCCACUUCAAUGACAAUUGGUGGCUCCUAAUUGGCACAUACGCGGGGCUGAUCGGUCUAUUCGACAGUUUCAUUCUGCGCAAUAUCCAAGGCAAGGUGAAGGAGUACACGGUUUGUCAAAUUCAGAGCCUGGAGAAAAGAGACAUGACGCUCUUCGCUAAGACGCAGAUGGCAGUCCCGCCCAAAGAUAAUUUUGAUACAUCCUCUGUCACUCACCGAAUCUCGAUUGCUAUGGGGAACGUCUGCUCGCAUCUGCUCAUGGUGGUUGCUGGCUUCCUGCUUACUAUUGGCUGUGUGAUUGGUUCGAGUGCAAUGAGGUGGAGUACGACGGGGCAAUUGAUUUCGAAUAUUCCCCCUAGUAUUAUCGAGACCUUUUUCAUGCUCAUUUUGAUCACCGGCCAGAAUGAUGCGGAUGCCAGCGCGAGGGUUGAUAUGACUAAUAUUUAUCACCGGCGGCAGAGACUCUUGUGGUUUGUUAAGGACGCUCGGGAAUACCUGGCAGUUCGUCCAGAGUCAGCAGACCUCGCUGAGAAGGGUGACAAUUAA